AUGUCCUCCUCCUCUGUGCCCCUCGACGUCGCCGCGCUCAAGGCGCACUACGACACGCACGGCUACGUGCUGCUGCCCUCCACUCUCUCUCCCUCCUACCUCGCCUCGCUGCGCGCCGCCGCCGCACACGCCACGGCCCUCACGCGCGCCGGCGCCUGGCCGCAUCGCCGCGUCGUCGGCAAGGCCUUCCCGCCGUUUGACGCCGAGAAUAGCGACAGCUGGGGCGUGCAGCAUCUGCUGCAUCCACGCAUGCCCCGCGCCGACGUCUUUGCCGCCUUCUAUGCGCGCGACGAGCUGCUCGACGUCGCGGCGGCGCUGAUUGGCACGCCGCGCGAGGCGAUGCAGAUGGAGCUCUUCAACCUCCUGAUCAAUCCGGCGUCGCACGCCUUUGCCCUCGCCUGGCACCGCGACGACAUGCGCCCCUCUCUCUCCCCCACCGAGGAGGCCGCGCGCCUGGCGCUGCCCUGUGCAGGCGUGCAGUUCAACACGGCCCUCUACGACGAUGCCUGUCUCUUCCUCGUCUCCGGCACGCAUGCGCGCGUUCUGGACGCGGCGGAGCGCAGGGCAAACGAGGCAAAGGCGCCCGAGGCGAGGAGAGUGGAGGAAGAGGGCGCGCAGGGGGAGAGCAUGAGGCAGGGCAAAUGGAACACAAUCUUCUACUCGCAGCGCCUGCUGCAUCGCGCCAGCUAUGUGCCGCAGCGGACGCGCGCCACACUGCAUGGCUGCUAUGGCGGCGCACUGCAUGCUGCCGCUGGUGCUGCGGCUGCUGCUGCUGCUGCUGGAGAGGGAGCAGAAAAGGACGAGGGGCGCGAGGGACAGGCGCAGAGGGAGUUGGUGCAGGAACGAGCGCGCAAUGUCCUGCAGGUGAGUCCUCCCCUCGUUCCCACGUCACGCUUCGUAAUCUUCGCCGGCGCCUUCGUCUCUUCGUCUCUUAGCCACAAGCAAAGGAUCGAAAUUGCCGUUCGAUUUUCCAGAGCGCCAGGCUUUUCCGGAAAUGCUGAACUCAGCAAUCUUCCCUUCUCUCUCUCUCUCUCUCGCACUCAGCACGGAGUGGAAUGGAUGCGCGAUCCCACAUUCGGCGCCUCCUUGCCUCCCUCUUUACAGCCCAGUGAGUCUGCCCCUGAAGGCCUCUGCUCCUCUCUCUCUCUCUCUGCCUCGUCCCACCUCCGUCGUGGCCCCCCCAUCGUUUCGUCGCACGCGUUACUUCCUGUGUGUCCUUCCCUCAUCUGA